AUGCCCGUCAAGGUCUUCCUAACCGGCGCUACAGGCUACAUUGGCGGCACGGCGCUCGAUUCCAUCAUCCGCGCCCAUCCGGACUGGGAGUACCACGUCCUCAUCCGCGACGAGUACCGCGCUGAGCCCAUCGCCGCCAAGUACCCCAACGUGCGGUUCACGUACGGGACGCUCGAGGACGACGCCAUCCUCGAGAGGGCCUCCUCCCAGGCAGACAUCGUCGUCCACACGGCCGACUCCUCUGAUCACUAUACCGGAGCCGUCGCCAUCGCCAAGGGCCUGAAGGAGGGACACUCGCCCGACAACCCCGGCUUUUGGAUUCACACAUCCGGCACCUCAAUCUUGACAUGGUAUGACGCCGAGCACCACCGCGAGGGCGCCCCGCCCCUUGCCGAGCAGAAAUACCACGACAUCAAUGACAUUGAGCGUCUCGUCACCCUUCCCGACGGCGCCCACCACCGCGACGUCGACAAGAUCGCCGUCGCCGCCAAUUCGGACAUUGUCAAGGUCGCCAUCCUCUGCCCGCCCACCAUCUACGGCGCCGGCGCCGGCGCCGUCAACACGCGCAGCAGGCAAGUUCCGAGUCUUGCGCGGGCCACGCUGUCCAAGGGCUUCGCACCCAUUGUCGGCCAAGGCAAGACGGAAUGGGACAAUGUCCACAGCGACGACCUGGGCGACCUCUACGUGAAGCUCGUCGACGCCACCCAGGAUCCGUCAAAGAGGGACAACCCCGACAUCUUCGGCCCGCACGCCUACUUCUUUGCAGAGAAUGGCUCCCACAAGUGGGCCGACGUCGCGCACUGGAUCGCCGACGAGGCGAGCAAGCAGGGUUACCUUCCAGAAGGGCUUACAAAGUUCGUGUCCGAGAAGGAAAUCGUCUUGAUGGAGAAUGGCAGCGUUUCGUGGGGCAGGAACUCCAAGGGCGUGGCCGAGAGGGCGCGCAAGUACCUCGGGUGGCAGCCCAAGGGGGUGCCGCUCAAGGACACAAUCCCUGAAGUGGUCGCCAGCGAGGCCAAGGCGCUUGGGCUGGAGCCGAAGGAGAAGAAGGCGUAG